AUGGCACACGCCCAGGAGCCCGGCGCGUUGCUGUGGACCAUCACGGUCUUCACCUGCAAGGCCUGGUUUGUUGGAACAAUCUACACUUGCCUUGGCAUGCAAUUUGUAGUUGUUCUGGCCGUGCUUUACUUCUUCAUCGGGGUGCUCAACUUCGACCUGAUCGUUCGUCGAUUCUCUCGCAGGAUGAUUCGAAGAACUCGUCGGAGGCUACGGCUUAUGCAGAGACUGCCUCUGAUAGAAGCUAUCACUUCAGUAGCUGCGUCUGUUGCGGGGACCUUUCAGCCGGUCCAAGAGUCCAUUGCAGAAGGGACACGAAGCGAGCUGGACGUUUGGCAGCUGCACAUAGGCCCAUUGGCUGCAUCGCUUGCCUCACUAGUGUCUUUGGUCGUAUCCAGUGUGGUUGAAAUGCUAAUCGUUCCCAUCAGCAUCAAGGCCUGGAGGCUCUUCGGCGUAGCAGUCAGAGAGGCAGUGGAGGAUCUGGGACUUGCGGCGCACACGAUUGAGUCAUCUUGUCAACACAUUCCUGGUUAUCUCACAGCGCGAGCGCGACUUUCGCGAUGCUUCUGGGUCUUCUUCAACUCGACUGCCGCAGAUAGACUUGCUGACUGUCUGCUGGUAUGGCGAUCGCUUCUAGUUCAUGGAAACAACUACCUUUCCCGUGGUCUUAGUGCGUGGAUAUCCAAGACCUUGGACGUUCUCGACCUUGCAGGGUAUAAGCCAUACAAGAACAACAUAAAAGAGGUCCUGGGUUUCUCUCAGCAUUUUGCCAUUAUUCUCGAGCCUUUGAUCCGAAACUUCUACAAAGAGAGUAAAGAGAUCACGUUGGACGAAAUACGCAGAGUCUCCGCAGCCAAUGCGCUCGUGUAUGGCUCGACCGAAUCAUUGACAGGAGAACAGUACGAAGCGAUUGAAACCAGAGUCCGGCUCAUCAAGCUACUUCCAGGGCGAGAUAACGUGGCGCUGAGAUGCUCUUUCAUGACCGUCGACCUCUAUGAUCCGCUCUGUCCGGAGUUCGAGGCUCUCUCCUAUGCAUGGGGUUCUUUCGAUCUUGAAAAAUACAUCCGGGUAAAUGGAAAGCCGUUCGAGGUUUCGAAUUCUUUGCACGAGGCACUGCUACAUCUCCGACGGGAAAGGGAACCUCGGAUGCUGUGGAUUGAUGCUCUUUCGAUCAACCAGAAUGACAUCGAGGAAAGAGGCUCACAGGUUCUCUUGAUGGGUCACAUCUACUCCAAGGCAUCCAAGGUUGUUGUCUGGUUGGGCAAUAGUGAGCCGUGGGGUCUGCGCCACGCUAUUAGGGAUACGAAGGUCCACAUGUUCCCGGGCAAACAACAACGGGUUCAAUCUGAACUGGUUCACGUCGGAUUGCUCCAUGUGGUACGUUCCCUCCUUCGAAGAUCGUGGUGGACGCGAGCCUGGGUCGUACAGGAGCUGGUCCGAGCCCGCGCCGUCGAAAUGCAGUGCGGCUGCAGCACUUUGGACUGGGAACAUUUUUGCGCUCUGAUUGAUGCCAUUGGUGGCAGCACGCAUCGUAAAACACUGCUGGACUCAACCUUGGAGGCACAGCCUGAACACAGCCCGAUGAGUUCGUCUCCAUUUUCACUCAGAAAAUCCCACUUGGCCGAAUUCCAGUCGCUACAAGUGGCACGCAAAGCCUGGCGUGCCAACCUCGAUUGUAAAUUGGUCACAUAUGCAAAGAGCUCAAGUGACACCACUCAAUGGAACAACUCGGCGGACCUCUUAAGUCUCGUCUACUUGUUUCGUGGUCGACGCGCGACAGAUCCCCGUGACAAAGUCUUUGCCUUCUUGGGCCUUGUCGAUAACAGGGAUGCCCUCAUCAUUCCGGACUACGAUCAGACCCCAUCGCUUUUGAGCAUCGAGUUUGCCCGCAGGCAUAUCCGACUUCACCGCAAAUUAUCAGUCAUAGCCCUAGCAGAGUUUGCUCGCGAACUCAAUCGAGAUGACUCACAUCUACCUUCCGACAACAUUGAAGACUACUUGCCAAGCUGGUGUCCGGCUUUCAUGAGUACAGGGUCUAUAAGGCACGGCCUUUAUCAAGCCCCAUUCUGGACAGGAUUUUCCUACCCAGAGGAUAAUUUUGCUGCAGCGGAUGGCUUAUCAAAUGUGAUUGCAAUCGACAAGAACGAAGCGCUACGAAAUCGUUUUAGCCCGGGAUGCAAAGAAGAUGAUGUCUACACUCUACUUGUUCAAGCUGUGAAACAUUUGGGCAGCGCAGUCGUCGAGGCUGAGCGACUUUCUGACUCUGAUGGAGUCAGUACUACACAGAGAGAUUUCAAUUGCGACAAAUUGUUCGCGAAGUGGCAAGGAAUUGCAGAUUUUGCAAUCGAGAAGCGCUCUCGAUUUCCCGAAUCAAGUUUCCCGGGAACAUCGCUGUCCCGCGACGCGCUUGUACACCUCACUGUGACGGCAGGCAAGUUUUGCGCAAUGCCACCGUCAACGGACCCUUCUGAACGGACAUUUUAUCUUCAAACUCGUGCCGAUACUUGCCGAAACAGACAACUUUUCCUUACUAAAAACGGGCUUCUCGGCUUGGGGCCUAAAGGGCUGAGGAUAGGCGAUGAAGUGAAAAUAUUGCUUGGCAUGCAAGCUCCGGUCAUGCUGCGACGAGUUGAGACAACUGAUGGCAAGAUUAAAAGGCAACUAUGGAAAUAUAUCUACCUCGGGCAGGUUUAUAUACACGAAUUGAUGGUUUACAAAGGGAACCUUCAAGAAGAUAUCAAGUCGCGCUCAGUCUCAUUGGAGGACUUGCUCUUGGUUUAG